AGACAUGAAUUCCUUCCAAUUCUACCCUCUCAUUCUUCUUGUUGUGUUUUCGGUAUUUCUGCAAACUGCUUCAAGCAAAAUUCCAAGGCUCUCAAUCCACCAUAAGCAAGCUUUAAAUCGCGACAAGGGUUUGAGUGUAAAUUCAGAUGGUUUUGAGAAAUAUUACUACACACAAACCCUUGAUCAUUUCAACUACGCACCACAAAGCUAUGCAAGUUUCAGACAGCAAUAUGUGGUGAACUCCAAAUAUUGGGGCGGUCCGGAUUCUAACAGCCCCAUUUUUGCAUAUCUUGGCGCAGAGCAACCACUUAAUUUCGAUGUCGUUAAUUAUAUUGGAAUUAUCAAUGAUAAUGUCCCCUAUUUCAAGGCUCUCUCUGUUUUCAUAGAGCAUCGAUAUUAUGGAGAAUCAAUCCCAUUUGGAACAAUGGAGGAGGCCUUGAAAAAUAAAACAACACGUGGAUAUUUCAACUCAGCUCAAGCCUUAGCUGAUUAUGCCGAGAUUUUAUUACACGUUAAGCAAAAAUUUUCAGCACAUAAUUCUCCUAUUAUUGUUUUCGGAGGAUCCUACGGUGGAAUGUUAGCUUCUUGGUUUCGACUCAAGUAUCCACACAUAGCUCUAGGUGCUCUAGCUUCAUCAGCCCCUAUUCUUUACUUCGACAACAUCGUACAAAAUGGAUAUUUCUCAGUCGUUACCAAAGACUUUAAGAAGGCUAGCCGGAGCUGUUACAAUACUAUAAGAAAAUCAUGGGCUGAAAUCGACUAUAUUGCGUCAAAACCAGGAGGCCUCUCCAUUCUCAGUCAAAGAUUCCGAACUUGCUCGCAAUUAAAUAGUUCUACGGAGUUAAAGGAUUUUUUGAUCGGAAUCUACGCGUCGGCGGCGCAGUAUAACUACCCGUCGGAAUACGUGAGAUCGGUGUGCGAAGGGAUCGACGGAGCUCCCGCCGGUGCUGAUCCGAUUGGCCGUGUUUUCGCCGGCGCCGGCGCUUACUUUGGGAAUGCCACGUGUUACAAUAUCGAUCCGAACGACGGUUAUCCGGCGGAAGUUAUUAUGGGUUGGAGUUGGCAAACAUGUAGUGAAAUGGUGAUGCCAAUUGGAUAUGAGGUAAACGACACGAUGUUUCAAGCUUCGCCUUUCAACUUGUAUAAAUUUAUCCAAGAUUGUGAGAAAUUAUAUGGUGUUACACCUCGGCCUCAUUGGAUCACAACUUAUUAUGGAGGUCAUGAUAUUAAAUUGGUUCUUAAGCGGUUCGGAAGCAAUAUAAUUUUUUCGAAUGGCCUUCAAGAUCCGUACAGCAGUGGAGGGGUACUGAAAGACAUAAACAAAAGUAUUGUUGCAGUUACUACAGUCAACGGUUCACAUUGUGUGGACAUACCUCCAGCAUCAGAAACAGAUCCAGAAUGGCUGAUCACACAAAGAAAAAUAGAGCUUCAAAAUAUUGAAGGAUGGCUUGCAACAUACUAUGCAGAUCUUCAUGCCUUGAAGAUAUAGAACCUAUAAAUUUAUACCUACAAAAACUUUGCUAGCUCUACAAAUAGAAUAAAUAUUCGUUACUUCGCAAAUUUUGAUUUACCUAUUCUUAUUAUAAUAUUUAAUUUAAGGGGAAUAGUGACUUUAAUUUGAUUGCCAAAUACUUUA